ACAAUGAAUAGUGAUAUGCAAUAAAACUUCAUCUCAUUGUUUUGAAUCUUUAAAUCUAAAAUGAACAAUCAGUUAUCAAUUAUAAUCUAAUGAUGUACUUGUCAUUUUUCUGAAUACCUUCAGUUUAUUGAGUGACUUUCGUUGAUUAGAACGUUGACGGCGCUUUCACGCCAUUUGAUAGCUAGUCUCCAAUUGAAACUUUGAAGAUAGUUCCAUUCAUAGCUUCCAAGUUUCAUUCGGAAUAUUGAUUGGUACGAGUGAUGGGUGUCGUACUGAAAUUAAUACUUGUGUUGGGGAGAACUAUUAAUUUUUUCCUGAAAUUCUGGUGGAUGAUAUUCUCUAAAGCUGAAAGAAAAAGUGUACCACCUUCUAAGGAUGACCUGUUGUUGAUGAGUGCAACGAAACUAGCUGAAUUGAUCAGAAAGAAAAAAGUGUCCAGUGAGGAUGUUGUUCGUGCUUAUAUCAACAGAAUAAAAGAAGUUAACCCUCUUAUAAAUGCUGUGGUACAAGAUAGAUUCGAAGAUGCCCUGAAAGAUGCAAAGGGAAUUACAGAUUACUUGAGAACGACAUCAUUAACUGAAGAAGAAUUGCAAAAGAUCAAACCAUUGUUGGGUGUUCCAGUUACAAUCAAAGAGAGUUGCAUGCUGUCAGGAAUGAGCUUGGCUGUUGGUGUGGUUUCAAGAAGAGGAAUAAAAGCAGAAAACGAUGGAGAGGCCGUAGCUAGGCUGAAGAUGGCUGGUGCGAUUCCAUUACUGGUGUCCAAUACUCCAGAACUCACAACUGGGUUUUAUUGUUUCAACAAUAUCACAGGAAAAACAUGUAAUCCAUAUGAUUUAUCAAGAAAUUCUGGAGGUUCAUCGGGUGGGGAGGGAGCUUUGAUAGGCUCUGGUUCCUCGCUUGUUGGAAUUGGAUCUGAUUUAGCUGGAUCCAUAAGAUUCCCAGCUUUCUGUUGUGGCAUAUUUGGACAUAAACCAUCGCCAAGAGUCAUUCCUAUUCGAGGUCAUUUUCCAUCUCCAUCUGAUAAAAAGUUACAUGAUUAUUUGUCCAUAGGACCUCUCACUCGAUAUGCCGAAGAUCUCAAACUAACCAUGACUGUGUUAUGCGGUAAACAAUCUAUUGAGUUGAGACUUAAUGAUAAGGUAGAUCUCAGUAAACUACGAGUUUAUUAUAUGCAAGAAGCACCAGUGUCUAUAAUAAGCCCUCCUGUUCAAGAUGAAAUUAAAAACUCUAUACUCGAAAGCGUGAAUUAUUUAGAGAAAACUUCAGGAUCGAAAGUUAUUCAUAAAUGUGCUUUCGAAGAGGACUUCCGUGAGAUUUUCGAUAUUUCUUCAUCUCUCAUGACCAACAUGGAUUUACAAGGUUAUCCUGAUCUAUUGAAAGGGCAAUCUCACAAUUAUUAUUUGGAAUUCCUGAAAGCUCUUUUUGGUCAGUCUGAAGUAACCUCUCAAUAUAUAAAUUUCCGUCUACAAAUGGGUUUGAAAAAUAUAAUAUCUGAUAAGAAGCACUUUGAAAUGAACGACGAAAUAAAAAGAAAAAUUGCGUUGGAACUGCGAGAUGACGGUGUUCUACUAUAUCCAACAUUCCAUAAAAUUGCUCCAAAACAUGAAGCUGUUAUGUUUGAAUUAUUGGGAUCUGUGUAUAUGAUGCCUUUUAAUACACUUGGGCUACCAGCUACUAAUGUACCAUGCGGACUGACGUCUGAAGGACUACCUAUCGGUUUACAGGUAAUAGCAGCACCUAAUCAAGAUAGAUUGUGUUUAGCUGUAGCUGAAGAAUUGGAGAAAUGUUUCGGCGGAUGGAUACCUCAAAAGAACUGAAAAGAUGCUAAUUUAUUGUCAAUUUAUUAAUAUUGUAAUUAAUGAGAAAAAAAAUUAUUCUAGGAUAAUUAUGAAAUUAUAUAUAUUUUAAGUA